GAAGAUGUUUUAACAGAGAAUCAACUCUGUUAACGAUUGCCGUUGACUGUUUUAACUACAACAAGGUCAUACUAAGGUUAUUCGUUAAACAGCAGCCCAACGCAAAGCACAACUUUGGUUAUUUCAUCACUCACCUCCCAAAAAACAACAACUGCAUCAAAAUGACUCGCAAAUUCUGUGUUGGUGGUAACUGGAAGAUGAACGGUGACAAACAGUCCAUCACCGAAUUAUGCAAACUCUUGUCCGGUGCCACUUUGGACGAGAACACCGAAAUUGUUUUGGGUUGUCCUUUUGUUUACAUCAACUUUGCCCGCGAUCUAUUGCCCUGCAAAUUCAAUGUGGCUGGACAAAAUUGCUACAAAGUUCCCAAAGGUGCCUUCACCGGUGAAGUUUCACCUGCCAUGUUGAAGGAUGUUGGUGCUGGUUGGGUCAUUUUAGGUCACUCCGAACGUCGCCAUGUCUUCAAUGAAAGUGAUGAUUUGAUUGCCGAGAAAGCAGCUCAUGCCUUGGCUGAAGGUUUAAAGGUCAUUGCCUGCAUUGGUGAGAAAUUGGAUGAACGUGAAGGUGGCAAAACUGAAGCUGUUGUUGCUGCACAAAUGGCUGCCUAUGCUAAGACCAUCAAGGAUUGGACCAACGUUGUGGUUGCCUACGAGCCUGUGUGGGCCAUUGGUACCGGCAAAACUGCCACACCCCAACAAGCCCAGGAAGUUCAUGCUUACCUCCGCAAAUGGUUAACUGAAAACAUUUCCAAGGAAGUCUCCGACUCCCUACGCAUCCAAUAUGGUGGCUCGGUUACCGCUGCCAACUGCAAAGAAUUGGCUAGUCAACCCGAUAUUGACGGCUUUUUAGUAGGUGGUGCCUCAUUGAAACCUGAAUUCAUUGAAAUUAUCAAUGCCAAGAAGUAAAUCAAAAGAGAAGCCACCAAACAACAAAUUCUCAAAAAAAAACCUGGAAAAUUGUUAAGUGUUCAAAACAGAACUAUUGCAUUACAUUAUUAUUGUUAAACGAUACCAAUACCAAUUUAUAACUUAUGCAAGAGUAGUUAAAAAAAAACGUUGAAGUUGAAUGAGUUUGUUGUGCAAUUGAAUUUCAUUUCAGUUUUCCUUUUUUAUAUU